AUGGAGUUUAACUCGGGCGACAACGAAGGUGCACGAAGCGGUGGGAAUGACGUGGAGCUGUUGUCUAAGACGUUACAGGUGGAACAUCAGCUGUUUUACUUUGAUCUCAAGGAGAAUCCAUGUGGUGGUUACCUGAAGAUUUUGGAGAAGACAUCGUUGACAAGGUCCACUAUAAGCGUACCUUUUAAUGGAAUCUCUUGGUUCUUUGAUAUCCUCAACUACUACGUCACUUCUGAUGACCAAGAUAUUUCUAGCAAGGAACUUCAGCUUGAUAGCAAGGGUUCUUUCUUCAGGUGUUUUACUUUGACAAUGGGGAAAACAGGAGGGGUCGGCUUCUUAAGGAAUCACUUGUGUGUACUUGUAUUGCAAUUGAAUAUACCUAAAGAGAAUGCAAUAAUGUUUGUUCAUAUUGCUAAUCUUCACCAGGGAUGUGAGGUUUGGAGUAAAGUAGCUGCAGUUGAACAAAUUCAAGAGACCCCUCUUGGGAUCAAGUCGACUUCUUGUGAGAAGCUUUUUUUUUAA